UACUAAUUUUCAGAACGAUAUUCUAACUCUAUAAGAAAAUAAAAAAUUUAUUGAGUAUCAAUUUAUAUGGUACGUUUGGAACGUUAUCCAGCUAUGGUACAUAUAUUCGAUAAUCUUUAUUUCACAAUAUCGUCAUUACUAAUUUUCUAAACGAUAUUCGAGCUUUGAAAGAAAGUAAUUUUUUAUUAAGUAUCAAUUUAUAUGGUACCGUUGGAAAGUUAUCAGACUAUGGUACAUAUAUCCAAUAAUAUAUGUUUAACAAAUUCCCAUAAAAAUUAUAUUUGAUUGUGUGUUACAUUUUGUGCUUGAGUUGUUAUGAUUAUUUAUAUUCUUCUCUCGGAUUAGUAUUUGAACAACCUAUAACUAUAUUUGAUUAAGGUUAAAAAAGAUGAGUUCAAUUUACAAAUUUAUAGAUGACAAUUUACAAACCACAAUAAUAUUUGAUGUGUGUGAUAUAUUUUAGGUUUCUUAACUAAUCACCUUACCUACCAGUCCACUCCUAUAUCAUUUUGUCGUAUCCUUACUCCCCUUCUCUCCUCCUACUUACCCGUCUCGUCUAGCCUCAAUUCUAAACCCUCCUCCAAAUUUAUUUCUUAUCCCAGACAGCCCCAUAAUUUCAUUUUAUUUACAAUUUGCACCCCAAGCCAUAUUCCUUAUAAAUCUCUAUCUUCCCCCUCUCUCACCAUAACAAAAGAGUAAAUAUCAGUAACAAAAAAAAAUUAGCAUGGCUUCGCCGGCGGCGAUCAUCUACGGUCUUGCCUUCGCCACCUUCGUCUACUUCCUCAUCACCAAGCUCUUCCUCCGCGGCGGCGGACGGCGGAGCCAGAAGCCUCUACCGCCUGGGCCUACGCCGUGGCCCAUCGUAGGAAACCUUCCCCACUUGGGCCCGAUCCCGCACCACUCCAUCGCUGCCCUGGCCCGUAAGUACGGCCCGCUCAUGCACCUUCGGCUGGGAUCCGUGGACGUGGUGGUGGCCGCCUCAGCCUCCGUCGCCGCCCAGUUCCUGAAGAUCCACGACGCCAACUUCUCCGACCGGCCCCCCAGUUCCGGCGGUAAGUACAUCGCUUAUAAUUAUCAGGACAUGGUGUUUGCACCCUACGGCCCACGCUGGCGGCUGCUCAGAAAAGUGAGCGCCGUCCAUCUCUUCUCCGCCAAGGCCUUGGAUGAUUUUAGAUACGUCCGGCAGGCGGAAGUGGCGGGCCUGACGCGGGCAUUAGCGAAUGGAGGCAACGCGCCGGUGCAACUCGGGCAGCUGCUUGGCGUGUGCACAGCAAAUGCGCUGGGCAGGGUGUUGGUGGGGAGGAGAGUGUUCGGAGACAUCACCGGCGGCGUCGACCCCAAAGCAGAUGAGUUCAAGUCAAUGGUUGUGGAGCUGAUGGUUCUGGCCGGCGUUUUCAACAUUAGCGAUUUCGUCCCGGCUCUCGAAUGGCUGGACUUACAAAGGAUCUCAGCCAAGAUGAAGAAUCUCCACCGCAGACUCGACUCCUUCUUGACCCAAAUCCUGGAGGAACACGGGAAGACCGCCCACGAUGCCUUCGCUGGCGGACACGUGGACUUCUUGACAUCCCUGUCUUCCUUGAAGCUUGACGACGACGACGGAGAGGGAGGCAAGCUCACGGACACCGAAAUCAAAGCCUUGCUUCUGAACAUGUUCACAGCCGGAACUGACACGUCAUCAAGCACAGUAGAAUGGGCCUUAGCGGAGCUGAUCCGACAUCCUAACACCCUGGCCGGGCUUCAAAGCGAGCUGGACUCGAUCGUGGGCCGAGACCGUCUCGUGAGCGAACAAGACCUCCCCAAGCUUCCUUACCUCCAGGCCGUCAUCAAGGAGACCUUCCGUCUCCAUCCCUCGACUCCUCUCUCUCUUCCGCGUUUGGCGGGCCAAAGCUGCGAGAUCAACGGCUACCACAUCCCCAAGGGGGCCACGCUCCUCGUCAACGUGUGGGCCAUAGCCCGCGACCCGGAAGCAUGGUCCGACCCGUUGAGGUUCGACCCGGGGAGGUUUUUGCCCGGAGGGGAGAAGCCGGGUGUGGACGUGAAGGGUAGUGACUUCGAACUGAUCCCGUUCGGGGCGGGUCGGAGGAUAUGCGCGGGUAUGAGUUUGGGGCUCCGGAUGGUUCAGCUGAUGACGGCGGUUCUGGUCCAUGCCUUUGAUUGGGAGUUAGCUGACGGUGUUACGCCGGAGAAGUUGAACAUGGAUGAGGCUUAUGGGCUCACGCUGCAGCGGGCCGUUCCGCUGAAUGUGCACCCUAAGCCCAGGUUGUCUCCGCAGGUUUACGAUUGUUGAGAAUCGUGGAUGCUAGCUGGACUGGACCCGGCCCACUAUAUGUCUGCCUAAAUAAUUGACAUCUCUUUGUUUACUGUCUGUCUUUCUUGUGUCCUGUUGUUGGUGAUAGAAUUGUUUAACUCUUGGUUGCUACUUUGAAAUCAUAUUUGCCGAAAAUAUGAUGCAUCAUUUGUGCACUUCACUUUAUUAACUUUUGACUUUCACCAUUUUUUUGCAUAAACAAAGGGACGUUUAUGUUUCUAGUAAACUUUAUGUUAUUGGGGUUGUGGUUUGUUGUGUUAUCGAUUUGCGUUUUAUGAUUUGAUUCUUGAAAUUUGGGUGAGACGAGAGACACAGAAUAGAUGAGCAACUCCACAAGGACGUUAUGAUCUGCUUAAUAACAUUAACACCAACAAGUGUUGUUGAAGGGACAUGUUUAGGGUAAUGCAGUGGUCAUCGAGGAUUGUUGUCUGACUCUAGCUAGGGUUCCGAUUGAAAUGAACACUGAUAGCAAGAGUUCCGAUUUAUACGAACUCUCAGUAUAUAUAGAUGCGACUAUGCGAGCAUUCCAUUUUUCUUGGGUAAGAGGGCGAUGGAUACCUCUAGGACUAAAAUAUGUAUUAUUAU